GUUUAUUUUCCUUUGCAGAGCUAGAGGAUCAAGACAUAAUGGGAGCAUUUUUAGACAAGCCAAAGAUGGAAAAGCAUAACGCCCAGGGGCAGGGCAACGGGCUGCGGUACGGGCUGAGCAGCAUGCAAGGCUGGCGCGUGGAAAUGGAGGAUGCACACACGGCUGUGAUCGGCUUGCCAAGUGGACUUGAAACGUGGUCCUUCUUUGCCGUAUACGAUGGGCAUGCUGGUUCUCAGGUUGCCAAAUACUGCUGUGAGCAUUUGUUAGAUCACAUCACCAAUAACCAGGACUUUAAAGGGUCUGCAGGAGCGCCCUCGGUGGAGAAUGUAAAGAACGGAAUCAGAACAGGUUUUCUGGAGAUCGAUGAACACAUGAGAGUCAUGUCAGAGAAGAAGCAUGGUGCAGAUAGAAGUGGGUCAACAGCUGUGGGUGUCUUAAUUUCUCCCCAACAUACAUACUUCAUUAACUGUGGAGACUCCAGAGGUUUACUUUGUAGGAACAGGAAAGUUCACUUCUUCACACAAGAUCACAAGCCGAGUAAUCCACUGGAAAAAGAACGAAUUCAGAAUGCAGGCGGCUCGGUGAUGAUCCAGCGCGUGAACGGCUCGCUGGCUGUAUCGAGGGCGCUUGGGGAUUUUGAUUACAAGUGUGUCCAUGGAAAAGGUCCCACGGAGCAGCUGGUCUCCCCAGAGCCCGAAGUCCAUGAUAUUGAAAGGUCUGAGGAGGACGAUCAGUUCAUCAUCCUUGCGUGUGAUGGCAUAUGGGAUGUCAUGGGGAACGAAGAGCUCUGUGAGUUUGUGAGAUCCAGACUUGAAGUUACUGAUGACCUGGAGAAAGUUUGCAAUGAAGUGGUCGACACCUGUUUGUAUAAGGGAAGUCGAGACAACAUGAGUGUGAUUUUGAUCUGUUUUCCAAAUGCACCCAAAGUGUCAGCAGAAGCGGUGAAGAAGGAGGCAGAGUUGGACAAGUACCUGGAAUGCAGAGUAGAAGAAAUCAUAAAGAAGCAGGGGGAAGGCGUGCCUGACUUAGUCCACGUGAUGCGCACGUUAGCCAGCGAGAGCAUCCCCAGCCUCCCUCCCGGGGGCGACCUGGCUAGCAAGCGGAAUGUAAUUGAAGCCGUUUACAAUAGACUGAAUCCUUACAAAAAUGAUGACACUGACUCUACAUCAACUGAUGAUAUGUGGUAAAACUGCUCAUCUAGCCAUGGAGUUUACCUGCACCUCCAAAGGAGAGUACGGCUUGAACCUUUUAACAUCCAUCCUCAGCAUUAAGGAAGGGAUAUGACGUGGUGAGAGAGAUUACAUCAGAGAACUUCAGCAGUACAACAGCUAGCCCAGAACUGAUUUUUUUUUUUUUUGUGAAUUUGAAACUUAUGUAAAAGUGAUUUCAAACCAUAAUUCAUGUUGUAAAUCAGACUCCAGCAAUUUUUGUUGUAUGAUUUUGGUGGUUUUUUUUUUGUAAAGUAUAAUUGUCUAUGUACAAAAUACUCAUAUUUAAUUAUGAACUGCUUUAAAUCACUAUCAAAGUUAUAAGAAACGUUUGGCUUGUUGUGUGAAGCAACAGAUAUAUAACCCUUUCAGGUCAUGUUACGUUUGGACUUGGGGUUGGGACAGGGAGAGCAGCAGCCACAUCAGCCUAGGUGCUCAAAUGUGCACAUGAUUAUGGAGAAUAAUGACAAAGCUAAACAUCCACGGAGUUACUGAAAACCACCUUCAUGUUCCUGGCAGCAGGACUGGCGCUCCUGGUGAAGCCGUUGCCCUGUUUUAGCUGUCUGUCUGAAUGUGCUCUCCUUGCUGCCGUGAGUACUACAGGCAUACAGUAUAUUCCUAAGGACAUCAAUCUGGAGGCUGAGAUGCCUUGAUUCUUUGCACCUCUUUUCCAAGCCCUUACAUUUAAUUACUAAUUGAUGAGCAGCAGCUUCCUACAUACUGUAGGAGACUGCCAUGUUUUUUGCUAUCAUGAUUGGCUGGGCCUGCUGCUGUCCUAGUAAGAUACUCUGAAUUCCAUUUUAUCAAUAAAGCUUGAUUUAA